AUGAAUAAGACGAAGAAUAGGAAAAAAAGAUUUUGGAUGAAGGAAUGGUUCAAAAAAAAGAACACAUUCACCCAUCAUAAUCUUCUCAACGAACUAAUGUUAUCUUCUCCAUCUGAUUAUAAAAACUAUCUUCACAUGGACCACUUAACAUUUUCAAAUUUAUUAAAGAUGGUUACACCAAUGAUAGAGAAACAGGAUACUGGUAUGACAGAACCAAUUUCAUCGGCCCAACGUUUAUCGUGUACGCUACGGUAUCUGGUGACCGGCGCUAAUUUCGAAGAGCUUAAAUUCAUGACCGCAAUCGCUCCACAAACGAUUGGAAAAAUUAUAAUUGAAACAUGUGAAGCUAUAACAACUGCACUAAAAGAUAAUAUAAAGAUACCUGCUUCAGAAGAGGAAUGGAAAAUAAUUUCUGAAGACUUCGGGUCAAAAUGGAAUUUUCAUCAUUGUUUGGGGGCGAUCGAUGGCAAACAUAUAGAAAUAAUAAAACCUCAAGAAUCUGGCUCAUAUAUUUUUAAUUACAAACAUACGUUCAGCAUAGUUUUGAUGGCCAUUGCAAAUAGUAACUAUGAAUUUAUUAUGGUGGAUAUUGGUGCAAACUGACGAGUU